GUUGGCAGACACGCAUAGACAUGUACUGUAUCUCUAUCAUCGUUUAAUGGAGCUUUAUCUUUGACUAAAAAUUCCCGGUCCCCUCCAUGAUGUUGUCAGAAGUGUGGUCAGGUGCCGGAGCCAACGAAGCCAAAAGGAAGAUCGGAACCGCGUCGACAUUCCCAGGCCAGAUCGGUUGCAAUACUCGGCUUCACUUUCUUGCUGUGCACCGAACUUUGUAUGCACUGCUGCCCUCGAGCGAGAAGUGCUUGAGCUACAACACAGUUGACAGCCUGAUCAUUACGUGCGGGUUUCUUACCUCCACUGGGCUUCGUGCGCUCUACCUCCUGCUAUGUCAUGGCAUUUCGCGUCAGCCACCAGCAGAAGAUCCGAACAAGUCGAAGCUAGUCAGGACCACAGUGACAGAAGCUAAUGUUAGCAUGGAAUAUCAGGCCACACAGGCGUAUUUCAAGAUAGGCUUCUGUCUCUAUUCGGACGGAUUCUGCGCGGCGAAGCCCGUGUGGCCUCGCGCUGCACGCAGCAUUAUCUCAGAAGCACCGUGCGCGUGGCGGGAUCGCUAUGGGAGCGCCGCGGGGCUGCCAUCCUGGACGUCUGUCGCAUCUCACGUCACCUCGUCGCCCAGCGAUCCCUGUUCGAAACAGAAUGGCAAUCCGCGCGCGGGUGGAUCGUUUCGGCGUUGGUGGCGGUUGCCUUCGUGCUGCGGACGUCGGGGACGUGCGUAUAUAAUGGAGGGACGACGGCCUGCCAGGAGUCCCCCAUAGCACAAUGCCUGGUCUUCUCCGCCCACCGAUCCGACGAGCUCUCAGCGUGGCGAUCAAGUACCACAUCUCGGGGAGCCCCAUGUCCUCCCGGGAACCCACCAUGAUCCACAGAUGCUCAAGAAGAUCCUCACUGGUGGGUGGUACUUUGUGGUGGAUCAGCGGGGCCCGGUGCUCACGGAAGAGUAGAGUUCAUGCACUUCAA